CUCCGCGCCGGAGACGGGCGGCUGCGGGUGCGGGUGAUGCCCGAGCGCCGCGGAGCCGUUCCGGGCGGCGAGCGAGGGCUCUCGGCGGCCAUCCGAGCCGCCCGCCCCCGCCUCCUCCUCCACGUCUCGGCGGCAGGUCCAAGCAGUCUGGAUCUCCCAACAAGCAGUCCUCCUCUUCUUCCUGGUCUUUCUUCUUGGAACUUGACCUGGAUCAUGAGAGAUACAUCUCCUUUCUUCUCCCAUAGAGGACGACACAUAUUUGAUUGCAAUUUUGAGUCUCCUUGUGAGCUGGAAUAUUCCCUUUCCUCGAAAGAUCGGGAAAGCUCCAACAAAGCUUGGCUGAGAGUGAGUGCAGAGGAUAUCUCACAGCUGAACAUCCCGGAUGGACCAGAGAGAGAUCACUCAGAGAAUACACCAAAAGGUUAUUUCCUGUUCCUUAAUGCAUCUGAGAGCCCUGUCAUCCUGAGCCCCUGGCUGAGAAGCAGCAGUGACCAAUGCGUAGUUCAAGUGGCUGUUUAUAAGUUUUUCCAGCAGAGUGGAGAAUAUAUUGUUCGGAUCCUUCCUAUUGACGAAAGCAGCAGUGAAAUUUUGACAGAGCAGAAUCCAGAAAAACAUGGAUGGGUGCUGCUUCAAAGAAGAGUUGGACAUAUAGAGAAACCAUUUCGGAUCUCAUUGGAGUACAUUGCUAAUGGGAACAAGAGCAUAGCAGCUGUGGAUUCCUUUGCAAUGAAGAACUGCACUACAGGAGCUGCUUCUGUCUCAAAAAUGGCUCUGGAAGGCUCCUUCAGCUGCUGGAAUGGCACAUCAAUCAGGCUGGGCCAGGCGUGUGACUUCAUCAGAGACUGCACUGAAGGAGAAGAUGAGGGAGCAAUGUGCAGAAAACUUCCUUCUGGCUUUUACUGCUCAUUUGAAGAAGGGGACUGUGGCUGGAUGGAGGGCUCAUCAGCGCCCCAUGCUUCUCCGUGGCGAAUUGGGAGCCUGGAGUACAACCAUUUUCCUUCAGUUGAAGAUUUUGCCCUGAUCCUUGACACCAGCAAAGUACCAGCAGGAGCAAGCACUGUAAUGACCAGCGCUACAUUUCCAGCCCCAUUGAGGAACUCCCCCUGUGAGCUACGAAUGUCAUGGCUUAUCCGUGGUGUCUUGCUGGGAAAUAUAUCCUUGGUGCUGGUUGAGAACAAGACAGGGAACGAGCUGAGCAGGGCAUUCUGGCAUUCAGCAAACAACGAAGGUUUGGGAAUAUGGCAGUGGCUGAUCUUACCUCUCCCAGAUAUACUGGACAGGUUUUGGUUUCAGAUUAUUGCUUCAUGGGAAAGAGGAUCCAAUGCCGUUAUUGCUUUUGACAAUGUCUCCCUUAGUCUGGACUGUUUUUUAACAAUCAAUGGAGAGAAGAUACCUCGAAGUACUACUCCAGACUCAAGCAAUUUGCUCACCAGUAGAAGAGGCCCGAAUAAUUUUGGGUGGGAACAAAAACUUCUGGGAAAUCUCCAACUCGGCACCGCCCCCAUUUCUGGUCCAGCAGAUCACUGGCUGUUCACAACAUGUGGUGCUAGUGGAGCCUAUGGCCCAACACAGAGCCAAUGCAAUGAUGCCUACAGGAACUCCAACCUCAGUGUGAUCGUCGGAGCUGAGGGGAUUCUCCAAGGCAUUCAAAUCUGGAGAGUACCAGCAACCAACACGUACAGCAUCUCAGGUUAUGGAGCUGCUGGUGGGAAAGGAGGGAAGAACACCAUGGUGAGAUCCCAUGGCGUGUCUGUACUGGGAAUUUUUGACCUCCAGAAGGAUGAUACGUUGUAUAUCUUGGUGGGACAGCAAGGAGAAGAUGCUUGCCCUAGUACCAAUGACGUUAUACAGAAAGUCUGCAUUGGAGAGAACAAUGUGAUUGAAGAGGAGAUACGUGUGAACAGAAGUGUCAAUGAAUGGGCAGGAGGAGGUGGAGGUGGGGGAGGUGCAACUUAUAUAUUUAAGAUGGAGAAUGGAGAACCAGUCCCCUUGAUAAUUGCAGCAGGAGGUGGUGGCAGGGCCUACAGAGCCAAAACAGACACAUUUCAUCCAGAAAGGCUGGAGAAUGAUUCCUCUGUUCCAGGGCUGAACGGAAAUUCAGGAGCUGCAGGUGGUGGAGGUGGCUGGAAUGAUAACACUUCCUUCCUGUGGUCAGGAAAGUCCUUGCUGGAAGGUGCUACUGGAGGAAGAUCCUGCCCCCAGGCCAUGAAGAAGUGGGGGUGGGAGACAAGAGGGGGUUUCGGAGGGGGUGGAGGGGGGUGCUCCUCAGGUGGAGGAGGCGGAGGAUAUAUAGGUGGCAAUGCUGCAGAGGACAAUGACCCAGAGAUGGAUGGGGAGGAUGGUGUGUCCUUUAUUAAUCCCAUUGGUACUUUAUACACUCCAGCACUUAAAGUGACAGAGGGGCAUGGAGAGGUGGAUAUUAGGCUGCAUCUUAACUGCAGUCACUGUGAGAUGGACGAGUGCCGUGUUGAUCUUGAAACUCAGAAAGUCAUUUGCUUUUGUGAGCCAGGCACAGACUUGGCUGAGGAUGGUGUGUCUUGCAUAGCUGAGCCAACAGUUCAUCUCCCUCUCUCCUUGGUUUUGUCAGUAGUGACCUCAGCAUUGGUUGCUGCCUUAAUUUUGGCUUUUUCAGGAAUCAUGAUAGUGUAUCGUCGGAAGCACCAGGAGCUACAAGCCAUGCAGAUGGAGUUACAGAGCCCAGAAUAUAAGCUGAGCAAACUGCGUACCUCCACUAUUAUGACAGACUACAAUCCCAACUACUGCUUUGCAGGAAAGACCACCUCCAUUAGUGACCUCAAAGAGGUGCCUCGCAAAAACAUCUCCCUCAUCCGGGGUUUGGGCCACGGAGCCUUUGGUGAGGUAUAUGAAGGUCAGGUGGCAGGGAUCCCCAGCGACCCCACUCCCUUGCAGGUGGCUGUGAAAACAUUGCCUGAAGUGUGUUCAGAGCAAGAUGAGCUGGACUUCCUCAUGGAAGCUCUCAUUAUUAGCAAGUUCAAUCACCAGAAUAUUGUGCGUUGUAUCGGAGUGAGUUUGCAGGCGCUGCCCCGUUUCAUCUUGCUAGAGCUCAUGGCUGGAGGUGACCUGAAAUCAUUCCUGAGGGAGACACGGCCCAGACCGAAUCAGCUUUCCUCCCUCUCCAUGCUGGACUUGCUCCACGUGGCUCAUGACAUUGCUUGUGGGUGUCAGUACCUGGAGGAGAAUCACUUCAUUCACAGGGAUAUUGCUGCUAGGAACUGCCUCCUUACCUGCCGAGGGCCUGGAAGAGUGGCUAAAAUUGGAGACUUUGGCAUGGCCCGGGAUAUAUACAGAGCCAGCUACUAUCGGAAGGGAGGGUGUGCAAUGCUGCCUGUCAAAUGGAUGCCUCCCGAGGCUUUCAUGGAAGGGAUAUUUACAUCAAAAACAGACACAUGGUCCUUUGGCGUAUUGCUGUGGGAGAUAUUCUCAUUGGGAUACAUGCCUUACCCUAGCAAAAGUAACCAGGAGGUUCUGGAAUUUGUAACCAACGGAGGAAGGAUGGAUCCACCUAAAAACUGCCCUGGCCCUGUAUACCGCAUUAUGACCCAGUGCUGGCAGCACCAGCCAGAAGACAGGCCAAACUUUGCCAUAAUCUUGGAGAGGAUCGAGUACUGCACUCAGGACCCAGAUGUCAUCAACACUGCUUUGCCAGUAGAAUAUGGCCCGUCGGUUGAAGAGGAAGAGAAGGUAGCGAUACGCCCAGAAGAUCCAGAAGCAAUUCCUCCUCUGUUGGUUUCCACGCACCAAGACAGAAAGGAUGAGAAGCAAACCUUGCCAUCUCCACCACCCCUGCCAUCAGCCAUCACUGCAGGAAAAGCUCUAGGGAAAGCAGGAUCCUUGGAGUCAUCAGUCCCUGGGAAGGUGCAGGCAGCCUCGGGUGGGGGACAUAUCAACAUGGCCUAUGCCCAGUCCAACCCCCCUUCUGAGCUGCACAAAGGCCGAGGCUCCAGAAACAAGCCUACCAACCUCUGGAAUCCAACCUAUGGUUCCUGGUUUGCAGAGAAGCAGGCCAGCAAAAACAAACCUCUGCUGGAGAAAGAGAUGCCUGAGAGGGAGAACUUAGGACAUGAAGGAAACUGUACUGUGGGGCCCAACAUAGUGACUGGCAGGCUACCAGGCUCCUCCCUGCUAUUAGAGCCAUCCUCCCUAACAGCAAGCGUUAAAGAAGUGCCUCUCUUUAGGCUCCGUCACUUCCCCUGUGGGAAUGUCAACUAUGGAUACCAACAGCAGGGCUUGCCUUUGGAAGCCUCCACGCCAUCUUGUGCUAGCGGUUAUGAGGACCCCACCCUUAGAAACAAGAGCCACAUAUCCCAGCAGGGGCCCUGAGAGCCCUCUACCCUCUUGACUUUCCCCCCUGUAGUCCCAAGCCUUGAAGAAAUAUCCUGUUACCCACUACACCACGAGCAAGUGAUGUGAGGCAUUACCUUCUAUUUGUGCCAGCUUGCUCUAGAAGUGCCACCUUCGAACCUGUAAUUUCAAAUAAUCCAAGAGGCUUCAAAUCACCAGAGCCCCAGUACGGUAAAAUAAGCAAGGAGUAGGGAGGGAGGGUACAGGAAACAAAUGUUAACUGCAAGGCCCAGCUUCCUGUUGCAUUAACUCAUCUGCAUGGUUGUUGUCAUGCCCUUCCUGUGAGCUUCUCUCAGUUCUGCGUUCUCUGCUUAAGCGUAAAGCCACGGCUCGCUGCCUUGAAUGUUUCAUGUCUGGGAUUUUCCAUGCCAAACUUACGGUUGCUGAGGAACACUUGGAGAGCACCUGUAAUUGGCAAAGGCCAGAACAGGUUUGAGGAAAGCGUCCUUUGUCCAAACUGAAAAAGGAGAUGACAACUUUGGAUGGUGAUGCAAUGGUACGUUCCCAAGUUCCAGCUACAGUCUUGUCUUUGAGAGUCCUUGAAUGCACAGCGGUUAUGGUGUCACUGGCAGGGCAAUAGGAAGACUGGUCAGAUUACAUCACUUGCAAGAGACAGCAGGAAGCACAGAGGAUGGGUUCUGGCUUGGAGCAGGGGUGGUGUUUUUCUGUGUUUUUUUGUUGUUUGUUUUUUCUCCUGUAUUUAAAUACUGAAACGGAGUAAAACCCAUAAAAUUCCUUCUGUUCUACAAAUGAAUGUCCUUCAUCACAAACUUGUGCGUGUCAAGUGCAACCAAAGUGAAGCUUUAAAGGACCAUGGUUAUGAGAGAAACUUUAACUGUGCCCUGAAGAUGGACUGCCACCUGCGUAGCUCAGACAUUUAAAGUAACCUUCAACAUACCCUGUACAAGCAAGAACAAGAUAAAGGCAGAAGAUGACAUCGUGCCACAAUCUAGAUACCAGAUACUGUCUGUAAUUGAAGGGCCGAGAGCCCUUGUUUCUUUAACAAAAUGUGUGUAUGAUAGUGGUUUAAAAACAAGCACUGCAUUGACUCAUUUUGUACACCUUGUGCAUGACAAAUAAGUGUACUGUCAAACCAUAGACGUAGGCAAUUAUUCAUGUGUAAAGCUAUGCGUUAGUAACUUCAACUUACGGUUGUAAGGAGCUGUUUUAGCAUCAGUGCAGUCUGAAAAGGAGGUGCCUAUCUCCAUAGAAAGGAGCCUCCUGAAGCGUCAGCAAAGGACUAUGGAGGUGUUCUUCAGUCCAAGAAAUUUCAGUGAAGUGAUUCUGAAUCUGGCCCUGGCUCCAAAACCCGAGUGGAAAAGCAGGAAGCAGUAUGAUCUCCAGGAUGCACAGCAUGAAUGGGAAAACCCUGCAUCACCACUCUCAUGCUCUGCAAAGCACUUAUUUCUCUGUGGAUGUUAUCAGUGUCCUAUAGACAUUAGGUAGGUUUUCUGAUCCAGUGCUAAUUUGUUAACUGCUGAAGGUCAAGUAGAUUGGGCUGUUUAUCUGCCUUUCUUGUUGUAUUUCCAUCUUUGGUUUUGCUACUGACCCUUGUUUCUCCAUCGUGCCUGGAAACAAAGCAAGGCAUGGAGGUGGUUCUGCUUCCAGAGGGGUGGAGGAUGGACUGGUGGUGGGAGAGGGUAUGCAGUGGUAUCUUGGCUCCCCUCCAGGCAUGCUCACACCAGGUGAGAGGUCUGUGCUAGGCCAUGAAGGAUUGAACUGUGCAUGUUUGCUCCUCUUACUGAGCCUGUCUGCUUGGUGACAAGAACCUUGACAUAGGUAUAGUAUAGAACUGUCUCUCACAGCUGCAAAGACAUCACAAAGUGUCUAUCCCAAAGUUAAACCUGUCAUGAGAACUGUCUGAACUGUCUGCAUCUGGCUUCUUUUAGUAACAGAGCUUCAUUAGAGGAAUGUCUGUCUCACCUACAGCAGUUUAUGCAACACUGUUUAUAAAGGAAGGGCCUGUGCACUUCAGGGAUACUAUGAAGAAGAAUGCUAAUAUAUGGUCAUUGAGUAUUUUGUAUUGAAUAGUGUCUUUGUAUUGUAAACAAGUGUAGUGAACCAAAAGGCAUGAUGAAGACCAAUAAAAUGGCUGUAACUGG